AUGCCUUCUGACGGACGUGAAGUCAUUUCAAUACAUAUUGGACAAGCUGGAGCUCAAAUAGGAAAUUCUUGUUGGGAAUUAUAUUGUUUAGAACAUGGUAUUGGUAAAGAUGGUUUAAUGGAUGAUGAAAUAAAAAAUUCUCUAAAAAGUUAUUCUUUUAAUAAUUUUUUUUCUGAAUCAAGUCAUGGAAAACAUGUACCUAGAGCUGUAUAUGUUGAUUUAGAACCUACUGUUCUUGAUGAAAUUAGAACUGGUGACUAUCGACAUUUAUUUCAUCCUGAUCAAUUAAUUUCUGGACAAGAAGAUGCAGCAAAUAACUAUGCUCGUGGACAUUAUACUGUUGGAAAAGAACUUAUUGAGACUAUUUCUGACAAAAUUAGAAAACAAACUGAAAAUUGUAUUGGUCUUCAAGGCUUUUUUGUCUUUCACUCUUUUGGUGGUGGUACAGGAUCAGGACUUACAUCUCUUCUUAUGGAACGUUUAAGUUUAGAAUAUGGUAAAAAAUCAAAAUUAGAAUUUUCUAUUUACCCAGCUCCAAUGAUUUCAACUGCUGUAGUUGAACCAUAUAAUUCAAUUUUAACUACACACACAACAUUAGAACAUUCUGAUUGUUCAUUUAUGGUUGAUAAUGAAGCAAUUUAUGAUAUAUGUCAUAAAAAUCUUGGUAUUGAAAGACCAAGUUAUGAAAAUUUAAAUCGUCUUAUUGCACAAAUAGUAUCAUCAAUUACUGCCUCUUUACGUUUUGAUGGGGCUCUUAAUGUUGAUUUGACAGAAUUUCAAACAAAUUUAGUCCCUUAUCCAAGAAUUCAUUUUCCAUUAGCAACUUAUGCUCCUAUUGUAAGUUCUGACAAAGCAUAUCAUGAGUCAUUAUCAGUUGCUGAAAUUACUGAUGAAUGUUUUAAAGUAGGUAAUCAGUUAGUUAAGUGUGAUAUAACAAGUGGUAAAUAUAUGGCUGUUUGCUUAUUAUAUCGUGGUGAUGUUGUACCUAAAGAUGUUAAUGCUGCUAUUUCUGCAAUAAAAACAAAACGAGGAAUUAAUUUUGUUGAUUGGUGUCCUACAGGUUUUAAGGUUGGAAUUAAUUAUGAACCACCUAAAGCUAUUACAAAUGGUGAUUUAGCAAAAGUUAAUAGAGCUGUAUGUAUGUUAAGUAAUACUACAGCUAUUGCUGGAGCUUGGAAACGUUUAAAUAGUAAAUUUGAUCUUCUUUAUAGUAAGCGUGCAUUUGUUCAUUGGUAUGUGGGUGAAGGAAUGGAAGAGGGCGAGUUUUCUGAAGCUAGAGAUGACUUAGCUGCUCUUGAAAGAGAUUAUGAAGAAGUUGCUGCUGAUAGUGAUAGUAAAAAUGAUUUUGAUGAUUUUUAA